AUGGCCGGUCCUGGUGGUGGUCCUCCCCGCCGCAGUCACACCAAGUCCCGUAAGGGCUGUGAUACCUGCAAGCGUCGCCACAUCAGAUGUGACGAGAGCUUCCCCCAAUGCCGUAACUGCACCAAGCACAAGAUCCGCUGCCCCUACAAUGACAUGCCCGUCCCCGAAGAUAGGUCCACGACCCCUGACAAGCCCGAUCUUAUGUGGACUCCCGAGGUUGAGGCGGCCAUCUCAAUGUGGCAACAGACCGGGCAGUUCCCCUUUCCCAACCUCAACAUCUACCCGGCGCCGAACCCGCAGUACCUCAACGUCGAGGACCUCAGACUCGUCUAUCAUGUGGCUUCCAUCUGCGACGAGCUGGCCGCCUUUGACGCCAACGGUUUCACCCUCUGGACUCGCCAGAUCCCGACCAUCAUCAAGAUUGGUGCCACAAACGCCUACGUCAUGCAUGCCCUCCUGGCCUUCUCGGCCACGCACAUUGCAUUCCUCACCGACUGCCCCCUGGUCGGUAACAUGGCAUAUGAGCACCGCGGUGUCGCCCUCAAGGGCCUGCAGGAGGCUAUUGGCACUUUCAACCGCGAGACGUCGGAUGCCGUCUUGGCCGCCUCCCUCGUCUUGUCGUGGCAAGCCACGGAUUGGCGAAGCUGGACCCAGCUCAUGCAAGGCACCUCGUCGGUCAUCGAAGCCAUGGACUCCUGGAAGCACGAGUCCCAGUUUGGCGAUUUUAUUGCCGAGAGCUGCACGUUCCCAACCGCUCCCGCCUCGCCGAGCCCGGACCACAAGCCUAGCCAGCCGCACAAGGAGGAUCUGGACGCCUUCAACCGUACCCUGCAGCAGCUCCAAAAGGUCGAGGCCCACCUCAAGCACAACAAGGAGGACACAAAGUCGAUCCAGCAGUUGGCCAGCUUUCUCAAGGGCGCCCGCAAGGUCAGCCCGACGCUCAGCGUUUCCCAGCAGUUUGAGCGUCUGCGCCCCCUGCGCACCUGGCUCUUCUGGCUGCCCGUCAUGUACCUCAAGCAGACGGCCGGGUCGCCGAGCGCCCUCAUCAUCAUUGCCCACUACUACACGGUGGCUCUGAUGAUGGAGCGUCUCUUCCCCGAGAUUGGCGCCGCCUACUUUGGCAGUCUUUCCAUCGGCCCGGUCGAGGAGAUUGCCCGCCGCCUACUAUCCAUCAACAUCUCGGGCAGCCUUGACGGUGACCUGCAGACCCCCUUGACGCUCAUGGAGUUCCCCAUUGACACGGUCAACGAGUUCCGCUCGCGUAUGGGCUGGAUUCAGCCUGCGCGGACGCCCUCGUUCCCGCAAUUCAACCCACCCAACUUCUACAUGAGCGAGCCCGUGCCCCUCCCCCCGGCCAGCGACUCGUACCUGUAUGGCCAGAGCCCUGCCUUCAGCUACAGCACCGAGUCCCUGCACUUGCUCAACGCCGAGUCGGGCCCUCCCAACAACGUCUCGCCUCUGGUGCUAUCGUCGCCCUUUGUCAACUCGCAGUACCUCAACAUCCCCAGUCCCAACUACGGCGGAUAUAGCCCGGCCUCGUCGACAUUUGAGGGCUCCGUCGCGUAUAGCGAUAACGAGGAGUAUGGCUCGUACGGCGGCUACGACAUGAGCGGCCUGCCUACCCCCAUGAUCGGCGGUUCAAACAACACUUUUGGCGUCGGGUUCGUCUCUCCCACCCAGCCCGUGUGGAUCUAG